UCGGAAUCCACAACUCUGCUGCCGUACGAAGAGGAUGGCUGAGGAGCGUAGGGUGUUCGUGCAGCCGACUACAGGGGGCCGAAUCGAACUCCGGGUAUCCCCUGAUUCCUCUGUGGGCAGCCUGAAAUCGGCCGUAGCCAAAAGGCUGAAGCUUUCCAAAGAUAAAAUUGUUCUUCUUCAUAGAAACAGACAACUUACGGAAGGAUCUUUAAUGGAUAAUAACAUCCAGGAAGGCUCUAAGCUGACGCUGCUACCUACCGUAGAGACUGGAAUCACGAACCGGAGUCCGGAACGGUGCGUGAUGCAGGCCCUGGAGACUUUGGGUGAUUCUCAGGUGGAGAAUUUCCUGACUGGACGCUCUCCCCUGAACCUUACUAUGAGGCUGGGCGAGCACCUGAUGUUCGUACAUUUGCAGCUGACUUCUGUACCGCCAGCCUCUCCAUCUCCCCCAUCCUCCCCGAAGCUGCUCAGUGAGGCCAGCCGUCAUUUGACUCGCACGCUCACCCGCCUAUCCUCUGCCGCCCUCCAGCAAAAGAUGAAAGAAACUUGCGAUGGCCGUUGCUGCAUGUCUCGUGAGAAAGGCGGGGCUGUCAUCGAGAGUUUGUUUCGGAAGGGCAAAGGUGUGUUUUCAGGGACUUUCUCAGGCACUCUUAUGCAGGAUGACUCCCGUCCUCAUCUUUGCACCCUUGUUCGAAUCCUUAGCGACCUCAUGGACGCACCUUCGCAUACGCGUGGACCUUGCACUCAUCGCCCCGCUCCUAAUACUACAGGCCCGGAGCCUCCAGUAGCGGUUGUGGAAGACCAGGCCCUGCGAGAUAAAGUACGGCAUAUAAGGGCCCUUCUGAAAGAGAAACGCGAAGCCCGCAGAGACAAGCCUUACCACAAGCACAAAGACUACAGCUCUGAAACGGCUGUCGCCUGAAUCUCUCGCUCAUGAUAAAACUACAGUCGACCACCGUGAUGGCAUAGAGCAUCUUGAAAUGGUUAUUUCGUUUCUUUCUGAAGCACGGCUAAGAGCAUCUGCUCAAUAGUUUUUCUGACGAGAGGGAUAUAUAGGAUUACAUGAUUGGAACUGUUUCUGUUAUCCUUUUCCCUCUGUUCGGCUCAAACCUUUUUAUUAUUAUAUAGUGUUCUCUAUUAUCACCCGUUCAUUUAAUUGAGCUGAAACUUAAACAUAUUCCAUGUCAGUCAUUCGUUCUGUGAAUGCUAUGGAUUUGGUAGUGGGUACUUGGAAUGAACCAGUCGAUCUAAAUGGAACGCUGGCUUCGUUCCAUAACUCCUCACCUUUGCAAUAAAUCAGUUCCAUUGUGCACUCAAGCACAGAUCGUUCUGUUGAAUAGAAUUAGAUCUGAACGGAAUAAUAAUUAUGUCACUUUUAUGUUUAUCAUGUUUUAUUUUUAAUUUAAUGUAAUGGAAUUUCAUCAGCCUUAAAAGAUUUUCUUCUUGUGGAGUUCAUUGCAUUCAUCUAGUAGGCAAAUACAAUAACAUUAGAUAUUUGUCCUAUAUAUAUAUACUUUUUCUUUUGUGCAUGAAUUUGUGAAUUAAUCAUCUUAGGCAAAUUCUUAAUAAAAUUUGUUCAAGUUUAGUAAAAGUAUUAGAGUAAAUACAUGUAAUAUUGCAAUAUUAGAAGCUAAUUAGUAAUCCUGACGAGAUGAAAGUGUUCAUUGAAUUUGUUAGUUUUCAUGCACAAGAUUGCAUAUCAUUUUUUUUUUUUUACUAUCUAAUAAUUUUGAUUGUAUCUUUAAGAAGGUUUAUGAUUAUUGGAGUAUGAAACAUAUUUCCAAAAAUCUAUGCCGGUAAUAGCAAGAAAAGAAAUCAAAAUAGUAAUUGCCUUCUAAUAAAAAAAAAUCCUUCAUUUAAAGAACAAAACUGCCAAUAUAUUAAUCUACAACUGGGAGAAACUUUUUCUGAUGAUCUCAGUCUUAUUACAUAUCAUUUUAUUUGAGGAUAUACUGUAUCCAUCUAAUAUCUAUGCAAAUUGAACAAAUGAUUGAAUUAAAUUAUUUAUCUUUUUGUACUUAAAUUGGAGAUGACAACAAAAUUUUAAGCCUAGUCACUUUGCUAAAGUGUAUACUAAUUCAAGGCUUAUGAACAAAGGUUUUAAAUUAUGUUCCCAUUUUAAGAAAAUUAAAUUUUAUAAAGUCGCUGUCUGUACAUAACAGUCAUUUCCAUAAAGCAGUAUUACAUUAUUAUUUUUUCUGUUCAGUAUUCAUAUUACUCUUGUAGUAUUAGUGAUUCAUUUAUAUAGAGCUAUAUAAAUAGAAUUAUGUGUGAAAGCCAAUGUGUGCAGUUUUGUAGUGACCUAUUUUAUGUUAUUCCUUAGAUUUUUGCCUUUUGUUAUUGGAUCCUAAGGAUUCUUCCUACUGUUAUUAUUAGAAUAUAUAUAUUAUCAUUAUAUAUAUCACAUUUAUGUUUGUGUUAGUAAAUAUCAUCAUAAGAAUAUAUCAGAGCAUCAGAGUUAAAGAUGAGAUGAAACUUAAAGAUUACUUUUAAUGGAAUAAACUGCACUUUAAAAAAAUAUACGUAUUUUGAUUUACGAAAAAAAUGUUUUAAUUUAUAUUACUGCAGUACAAUGACAUAUUAACCAGUUGUUUACAAUAUAAGAUACUUUUGAUUAAUUUAUAAUAACUUUAUGCAGCUGACAUAAAAAAAAUAAGACAAUCUAAUCUUUCUGUUUAAAAGGGGGGGGGGGAAGAGGGGGAAAUGUCACAUUAAAAAUUUGAAAAAUUGAACAAAGCUAUUUUGAUCAAACAAAUUAAAUUUAAUAUUCUAACAUGUAUUUACUAUCACCAAUCAAUUCAUUUAUUUACUUCAAAUUCAUAAUUUCCAAAUUAUUAAUUAUGCUGAGGAAAAAAAAUAAUAAGUAAAUAAAAAUUUUAUGCCUUAUCUAGUAAAUUUUAAAAAUCCAAUUAAAAUAUUUAGAUGAAUUUCAUAUAGGACAAGUUUAAGAAAUACUUAAAUAUUUAUUCAAUUCUGUUUUGCCUUUAACUUGCAAAUGUUUGCAUAGCAGACUAGCACUGAUGUAGUCUUAGCUUUAAAAGUCCUAGUAAACUACAUUUUAGACAUUGACCUAGAACUUGGCAAGAAAAAGCCAUAUAUGAGAAAUACAAGUGCAUCAUAACCAAAGUAGUUAUUCUGUUUCAUAUCAGUAUUGUUGCAAGAUGUAACUGUCCAAUUUAUUUGUGUUUUAGUAUGUUUGUUAAUCAAGAUUAAUGCCAUUUUUUACAAUAAAUAUGUUGAAGAACUGAAA